CAAGGUAAAUAAAGGAGGUAAUGUAGUGCCCAUUGCUCCAUAAGCAUGAGGGAGUGAAAGAAGAAGAGAAAGAAAAUGAAGGGUCAAACACAGGCUACAAAGUUGGUUAAUCUAUACAGAUUUUGCGUUUCGUCUUCUUCUUCUUCAAUCUCUCGCUUCAACCACUUCACUCUCACUACCACCGAUUACAAUAAAUUCAAAUUCGCUUGCGCGAAAGCGAAGAACCUCCAACUCUCACUCUCCCAACGCGCCUUCGUUUUUCUUUCCCCUCUUAACGUUGCCGCUAAUUACCUCCGUAGUUAUCGCGUUUCUGGCAGUUACAUAUGCAGCGGAAGCAUUUUAGGUGUGUCAAUUGCAUCUGCACCAAUUAUAGCUCAUGCCAUGGAUGUAGCUGGGGAUGCAUUGGUGGAUGAUCAUGAAUCACAGGACCUUUCAGAGGAGGAAAUAGAUGUGCAUCACUUGUUGAGAUUGGCUAGGAAACUUUGGCUGCCUGCUUUUUUCUUUCUUACAGUGUUGUCAAACUUGGGCGACUCAAUUACAAUAUUAUUCAUUAAACUUACUUUGUUCCUCCUCAGUACAAAGCCCAGCCCUUUCUCUGUCUAUGUAUUUGUUGAUAAGUUGUGCCAACAACAUAUGCGCCAAGAAACUCGAUUCUUUAAAGCAAAGUCACUGUACGCCAGCAAAGUCGAAGUGCAGGACUAUAAGCUUCUUUGCUUGGCUGAUGUUGAAGUGAGAGAUCAAAAGUUCACGUUGGUUGGAGUUCUUGGUAGUUGGUGGCCUAUACCUCAUUUGCCAUUUUGGGAAGCAUUCUCUUUUGUCAGAAAUAGAAUUGGAAGCAUCUUGGUGAAAACAACUUAACAAGGUAGUCUGCUAAUUUAAAAUUAGCUCUCCUUCUAAGUUCUAUAUAGUUGGGCCUCUGUUGGUUUUGUCCCUUUUGGAGCUUCAACAAAAUCAAUGUUGUUCAUCGAAGAAGAAAAUGAGGGGUAGGAAGAGUUGAUGAAUGAUGAAUGAGACAGGACUGAUGAUUACUUGCAAUUAAAGUAGCCUGUCAAAUACUAACUGCAUAGGCUAUAAGGUCAUCCCUCUCGUUGUUUAAUGGGUCAAAUAUGCAAAAAUUUACAUCUUUGUAAAAGUGCGACAUCUCAACAUUCUGUCAGCCCCUACUCUUCCUCUGCCACUUUUUGAUAUUUUAAAGUAAUUGUUAGUAUUGAAGUUUUAGUUUAUCUGAAAA